AUGAGCCUCCAGGCCCCAUCCAGACUCCUGGAGCUGGCAGGGCAGAGCCUGCUGAGGAACCAGUUCUUGACCAUCUUCACCCUGCACGAGCUGCCCAGGGAGGUCUUCCCUCCGAUGUUCAUGGAGGCCUUCAGCAUGAGAUGUUGUGAGGCCCUGAAGCUGAUGGUGUAGGCCUGGUCCUUCCUCCACCUCCCUCUGGGAUCCCUGAUGAAGACACCUCAUCUGGAGACCUUGCAAGCUGUGCUGAAGGGACUUGAUACACUGCUGGCCCAGAAGGUUUGCCUCAGGAGGUGGAAACUUCAAGUGCUGGAUUUGCGGGAUGUUGAUGGGAAUUUCUGGACCAUAUGGUCUGGAGCCAGGGCCCUCUCCUGCUCCCCAGAGGCCAUGAGUAAAAGGCAGACAGUGGAGGACUGUCCAAGGAUGGGAGAGUGCCAGCCCUUGAAGGUGUUCAUAGACCUCUGCCUAAAGAAAAGUACACUGGAUGAAUGCCUGAGCUACCUCUGUGGGUGGAUCCACUACAGAAGAGGCCUAGUGCACCUGUGCUGUAAUAAGGUGCAGAAUUACUCAAUGCCCACUUCAAGUUUCAGAAAUUUAUUGAAAAGGGUAUACCCAGACAGUAUCUAGGAGUUGGAAGUUAGGAGAAAGUGCUCUCUGAAUAAAACAGGAAAGUUUGCCCCUUACCUGAGCCAGAUGAGCAAUCUUCGCAAACUCUUUUUAGCCUUCGGUUAUGACGAUGAAUUAUAUGUAAGCGGCCAACAGCAGUUCGUUCCUGACUUGGACUGUCCAUUCCUCUGCCUGUCCUACCCUCAGAUGCUUUAUAUAAGAAAGGUCAAUAAUAUCAAAGACCUGGAGCACCUGCUCAGGUACCUCAAGAACCCCUUGGGGGCCUUUAUAUUCAGUGAUGCUUACCUAGCUGAUCGGGAAUUGGAGUGUCUGCGUCAGUACCCAAGCCUCAGUCAGCUAAAGGAGCUGCGUCUGAUUCGUAUCGUAAUGUGGACCACCCAUCUUCAGCCCCUUGGAGUUCUGCUGCAGAAAGUUGCUGCUACUCUCGAGACCCUCGUCUUAGAGGACUGUCGGAUCCAGGACCCCCAACUCAGGGUCCUCCUGCCUGCCCUGAGCCACUGUUCCCAGCUCACCACCUUCAAGUUUCACGGAAAUGAGACAUCCACGAAUGCCCUAAAAGACCUGCGGUGUCACACAGGCAGGCUGAGCAAGUUAGGCCUGGAGUUGUAUCCUGCCCCUCUGGAGACUAUUGACAACAGGGGUCAUGUCAAUUGGGAGAUCUUCACCCCAAUUCGGGCUGAGCUGAUGCGUACACUCAGGGAAAUCAGGCAGCCCAAGAGGAUCUUCUUUGGUCCUGCCCCUUGCCCUACCUGUGGCUCAUGGCCAUCUGGGAACGUGCACUUCCAUCUUUGCUCCUAGGGAAGGCCUGGUUAGUGGGAUGGAUAAGCUUUCUUCCGGACACUUGGGAACUAAAAUAUUGU